AUGUCGAAGGGUGACGUUAACCAGGCCGAGAAGUCCUUCACGGGCAUGCCCGGCUUCGUUGUUGACUUCCUGAUGGGUGGUGUCUCCGCCGCUGUCUCCAAGACCGCUGCUGCCCCUAUCGAGCGUAUCAAGCUCCUCAUCCAGAACCAGGAUGAGAUGCUCAAGGCCGGUCGUCUCGACCGCAAGUACAACGGUAUCGCCGACUGCUUCCGUCGUACUGCUGCCGCCGAGGGUGUUGUUUCGCUGUGGCGUGGUAACACUGCCAACGUCAUCCGUUACUUCCCUACCCAGGCCCUGAACUUCGCCUUCCGUGACACCUACAAGUCGAUGUUCGCCUACAAGAAGGAGCGUGACGGCUACGCCAAGUGGAUGAUGGGUAACCUGGCUUCCGGUGGUGCUGCCGGUGCUACUUCCCUGCUCUUCGUCUACUCGCUGGACUACGCCCGUACCCGUCUGGCCAACGACGCCAAGUCCGCCAAGGGCAGCGGUGAGCGCCAGUUCAACGGUCUUGUCGAUGUCUACCGCAAGACCCUGGCCUCCGACGGUAUUGCCGGUCUCUACCGUGGCUUCGGUCCCUCCGUCCUCGGAAUUGUCGUGUACCGUGGUCUGUACUUCGGUAUGUACGACUCGAUCAAGCCCGUCCUCCUGGUUGGCCCUCUUGAGGGUUCCUUCCUGGCCUCGUUCCUGCUCGGCUGGACCGUCACCACCGGUGCCGGUGUUGCCUCGUACCCUCUGGAUACCGUCCGUCGUCGUAUGAUGAUGACCUCGGGUGAGGCCGUCAAGUACAAGAGCUCCAUGGAUGCUGCCCGCCAGAUCAUCGCCAACGAGGGUGUCAAGUCUCUCUUCAAGGGUGCCGGUGCCAACAUCCUGCGUGGUGUCGCCGGUGCCGGUGUCCUGUCCAUCUACGACCAGGCCCAGCUCCUGCUCUUCGGCAAGAAGUUCAAAUAG